AACGUCAUUCAUGUGUCAAAGAAUAAAUAAAAACAACUUAAACAAUAUAAUAAAAUUAAAGUAAAAACAAGUUAACUUUGUUUAAUUCCUGUCGUCACCUUAGUAAAUAUUUAUUGAUCUGAUAUGGGUUGCGAUGGCGGAACAAUUCCGCGCCGUGAUGAGCUGGUUAGAUUGAAAAAGAAGCCAGAACAGAAAGAUAAAAACUCAGAACUAUCAUUUCGUUGGCGUCAUUGUGCUAUAUCACAACAAUUGCUGCAAGAACCCAUUGUUGGAUGUGGUCUAGGGCGACUUUAUUCUAAAAGUUCACUUAUUGAAGCUUUACUUGAUAAAAGCUUAUUGCCAGAGGUAGCAACUCAUAUUCGGAAUCUUAAGGAUGUGAAAGACUUAAAUUUAAGCCCUAAUCCCGCAUACAAGCAGGAUGCUGAAGGAUGUGAAGCUGCGCCCUAUGUUUGCCCAGUUAUUGGUUUAGAAAUGACAGGAAAUUUCAGAUUUGUAUUUCUCUGGACUUGUGGAUGUGUUUUUUCUGAAAGGGCUUUAAAAUAUGUUAAUUCUAAUAUUUGUCACAAUUGUCAAAAACCAUUUGCUGAAGAAGAUGUUAUUGUUCUUAAUGGUAAUGAGGAAGACGUAAGAAUUAUGCGUAAAAAUAUGGAAGUCAGAAAUAUUAAACUGAAAGCUGAAAAAAAGGCCAAAAAGGGUAUUAAAAAAGAAACUGAAAUUAAAACAGAAGCUAGUUCCUCAAAUGCUUCAGAACAAAGUUCAAUUAAAAUAGAGCAGUUGAAAACUGAAUUACAGCAGAAAACUGAAACCUGCAUUAAAAGUUUAUCUAUGAAAGAAUCAAUAACUCAUAAUUUAGGCAAUAGCAAAAUAAAUGUUACCAAAAUCACACCUAGUACAAGCAAAUCAGAAAAUGGCCAACAGUAUUUGAAACGUACUGCAGUGGGGCAAAGUUUAGGAGACCCAGUGUUCAAAAAAUCUAAAGAUGCAUACAGUGUAGCUCAAGAUCCAGAAGCAUCUGAAGUUUUCAAGUCGAUAUUUACUACUCAUUCUACUGCAACUCAACAAGAUAAAGCACACUGGAUUACAUACAAUCCAUUUUAUAAUUAACCCUAAAUAAUAUUUAACUUUAUUUGAUGACAAAGAUUAUGCAAAAAAUAAUAUAUUAUUUCAAUGAAAAUGAUGCUACUUCAAAAUAAUUAUUUGACAAGUAUUGUUAUUGAUUUGCUACAUUUU